AAAAAAAAAUUGUGACUGACAACUAAGAAAUAUAAAUAAUUCGAAUCCGAGUUCAAAUUUAAAAAAAGAGAAGAAAAGUUAAGGUGUAAUAAAAAAAAUUGUGCGUAAAAGCUGUCACAAAAAAGUGUUUUCAGUUUUUUUUGUGUGCGUGUUUUUGAAGACACAGUUUAUUAUAAUGGGUUGUGAAUUAAGUAAGUUGGCGUCUUCAGAAUUCAACAACCAUGAUCCUCUGGACCGUCCUCCACCGCCAGCCGACCCUCGGUCGCCUCUCACCACUAAGCAACAGUACUGCAUGCUGGCAUCAUGGAAAGGAAUCUUCAGACAAAUUGAGAAGACUGGCAUCCUUUUGUUUAUCAAAUUGUUCGAAGAAAACGAAGACUUGCUGCAUUUAUUCGAGAAAUUCGGAGAGCUCAAGACAGCUGAGGCGCAGAUGAGCUCUGAAGAGUUAGCGGAACAUGCCACGAAGGUGAUGCAUACCUUGGAUGAGGGGAUCAAGGGUCUGGGAGACAUUGAUGCGUUCUUCGCGUACAUCAGACACGUGGGAGCUACCCACCAUCAAGUCCCAGGAUUUAAAGCUGAAAACUUUUGGAAAAUCGAGCAGCCGUUCCUACAAGCAGCUAAGACGACUCUCGCCGACAGAUACACGCCAAACAUUGAAGAAAUUUACAAGAAGACCAUCAGGUUUAUCCUUGAAAACCUGGUAAAGGGUUAUGAGGACUCCGCAGUUGAAAACGGGAACGGACAAUCUUGACAAAGC